UAAAAAGUGCUAUGACGGGUAAUUUCACGUGCUCUCUCCUUUGCACCGUUCCCACUGUGGUUCACCAUUCACACCAACUAGUCAGUGCGUUCUCGGACACAAAAGAAAUUGCGACAUCACCCCUGGUCCAGCCAAGAUUCAAAUGCUUUGAUGAAAGUCACUGCUCCACCAUUUGAACCCUCUCUCCGGAAAUAUUGAUCACCAAGAUUUUGUAAAUUUUUUUGCUGGACAUGAAAGAGGAGCAGAAAGAUUUGAAGAGACUACUGUAACGCGUCAUAAAGGACCACUGUGCAAAUUUAAUGCGGCAUGUGAAUCUUUCUAAAUAUUCGGAGUAAUAUGCUAGUACGCCACUGAAACAAUUUUGACAAAUUUGAAAAAUGGAAGAUGGGGAGCUUGAUGUGAGGAGAUGGGAGGACCUGGACAUAGAUAUACUCGUGAAGAUAUUUCAGACAUUUGACAUUGUCCAGUUGACCUCUGGGAUUGGUCAAGUUUGUAGCACAUGGCGCCUAGCUGCAUGUGACCCUCUGCUGUGGAAAAUGCUUGAUCUGUCAUUGCUGAAGUCUAAUUUCAUCAAGAUUCCCUUAGAGCCUUAUGUGUACGUGGACGGUCGGUCUGAUAGAACGUUAACCCGAGUUUUGAAGAUUGCCUUGAACCUCAGUCGUGGAAAUAUACUGACUUUGAUUUUCCAUUACAAUCUAUAUGUCAGUGAUGAUCAAUUGACCUAUGCUGCUGAAAGGUGCCCUCGUCUUAAACGCCUUGUUAUGCCUGCUUGGAAUAGAAUAAAAAAGACCGGAAUCUGUAAGGCAGUUCAUAUGUGGAAAGAUCUUGAGUCACUAACGAUGCCUAGUAUAGCAAAUCCCCCCUAUCUCAUGGAGGAAAUUGGGAAGAACUGCAAGAAGUUCUCCGAACUCAAAAUUAUGGGUCCCUGUGAUAUUUUCUUUGCAUCGACGCUAGUCGCAUUUGUUCCAAAUUUGAAAGUCCUCAGUCUUCGGUGCUCAAUACUAGUUAGGGAUGCCCUGAUCAUACUUCUGGAUGGCUUACAACAAUUAGAAGUGCUCAACAUCUCCCAUUGCCUGCUUAUUGAAGUUCCUACACCUCCUGCACCGAAAAAGGUUGUCAGUCAAAUUGACGAGUUAAUUCUGCAGAAGGCUUCUAGGUUACGCAAUUUUAUAACCUGCAUGAAUCAGUCAUGCAUUAUGUGUCAGCGCACUAGAAAUGAUGAAGGGCUGAUAAGGUGGUACAAGUAUGAAGAGGAGCUCUGGAAAGUAGAUGAGGUGAAAUCUCUUGCCAUCUGACUAUGUAUAGCACUCUGAGAAGUAGGUCAGAUUAGGGAUGUCUUGCUGUAGUUUUGCGACAUAUUUGAAUAAAUCAUAUAAAUAAACUUGUAUAAGCCAUCUAUCCAAUCACUGGAUACGGAUGCAUAUGCAUCAUCUGACCGUGUAGCAGUCUGCUGUGAGAGCUGGUUUUGCAGGUGAACUUCUAAGAAGAGAUAAGUUGUACUGAUCUGUAUCACCCUUGUACAUAGAUAUUUCGUUUUUUCUCAUGUUCAGAUCGUGUUUUUAACUUCGUAGUAAAUGUAUACCUCAUGUUGUGUCUA